GGAGGAGGAAUUGAAGGAGGCCCGAGAAAACGAAGCUCGCGUGCAGCAAGAACUUCACGAGGAGCAGCUGAAAAGGAAGCUCCUAGAGCAGCAGGUGGAGGAGGCAGCUUCGGCAUUCGCAGGAGACGGAGGCGUCGCUGGCCAAGAUGCACGUGGAGCUGCAGGCCAAGACUCUGCAUGUCCUGGAAGACGAGAGGAAAACUGACUCGAGCGAGCACCUCCAGUGUCAGAAGGAGAACCAGAAGCUUUCAGAGCAACUUUCACUGCUGAAGGAGGAAAACAAAGCCCUUUAUGAGGAAGGAGUCCGUCUCCUGAACCAGAAGGAUCUGUAUGUCAGGAAAUAUAACGAAAUGCAGCUCCGCCACAAAAACAAGAUCCGCAGAGCCAAGGAGACCUUUAUCCACGAGGUGAAGCAAAGGGACAGCAGAAUUAAGCAGCUUGAAAAUGAGCUCAGCGAGUCAAAGCUCCAAGUGGAAAAGGGGAAGGUGCUGAUUGCACAGAUCACUGCCGAGAAUGAGAAACUGCUCCAGGAAAGAAGACGGCUCCUCCAGAAGGUAACCGACCAAGAGGAGACCCCUUGGAGCAACCGGUCUACAACUGCCACCCUGCAGAGCAGGGUGAAGAUCCUGGAUGAGGAGAACGUGCGGCUGCACGAGAGCAAACUCCAGCUCUCUGGCCACGUGCCCACCUCGCAGCGCGUGCCAAGGAGCAUCCAUGCUUCCAACACGGAGGACUCGAAGAGUGUUAACUUCUCCGAACGCCAACGACAGAGUAAGGUGUUGCCAUCUCCCCGUACCAGCUUCCCGUCACGAGAACUGCCAGACUCUCUCAGCACCCUGAAGGCCACGCAAGACACAAAGCCUGAAGGAGAAGCUGAAAGCCAAGACUCAUCCUUUUGCUUAUCCCCCUCUCAACCUUCUGAGAUUGGGUACUUAAAUGUAGUUUCACCUGGAGACACCACAGCCUCCCAGCUGCAGGAGGAGAGUCAGAGCAGCUCUGAGAACUUCUAAAUGAAGAAAGUUGUUUGUAAAAUAUUAGUUGGACUGCAAGG